GCGCGAAUGGAUCGGAAGCUCGUCGAAGAUGGGAACGAUGCUUCGCUCGUUGAUGCGCGGAGCGAGGGCGGUGCGAGCUAGCGCGGCGGCGGGGGAGAGGCCGGGAGAAGUGGUGAGAGCGGUGAUAGGAGUGCGGGAGAGGGUGAGGCGGCACCGGAGAGGCCAAACGCGCGAUGAGUUCUUAGUUGAGGUGCCGGAGUCGGCGUCCUGGCUCGACACCGCUACUAUGCCUAUGGUCCUCACCGCCGUCGCCGUUGCGCUCUUUGCGAAGGUCCUUAUGAUGGUUGAUGAAUCUAAAGAGCAAGAGAGGUUGGAGAGGAAAAUAAAGAAGGCGCCUCCUGGUCAAGGAACUGUGAGGAUGCUCAGUCGUGAGGAAUGGGAUGAAAUUCAAGAGAUUAGGCCAAGAACACCUUUUGAAUCGAAAUUUGCUCGUCCAAAUGCACGUCUUAGAACCGGAGAACCAAUGCAUUUUGAUGAUUUGAAGGAUUGGACGAUCGACGUACUUACAGAUGCGCUUACUAGAGCUGAAGAAACUGCUAAACAAAAAUGAAGUAAAAAUAAAACAGAUUUACCUGCACAAUGAUGAAUCUCGAGUCACUUUGCGGAUGAGAACAUCGUUUUAUUUUGUUGGUGUUACACUUUCGGCCUGUCGCUAAAAUGUAUUGAAGUUCUUAUUCAAAAAAGAAAAUUUAGUGAGUAAAUUUUUUUCCCAUUUGGUAUGAAUUGUAAAACAGGAUUUUAAGUGGGUAUGUUACUGAAGAUGGGGAUUUUUUUUU